GAAAGCUCCUAUUAAACCGUUACUGAGACCCGACUGUUUACAGUCUUGAAUUUACUCUAAGAGGAGACGGACGUGUGGACCAUUUCAACAUGAAGUCAAUAAUCCUCUGUGCGGCAGUUCUCGCCGCUUUGUUGGCCGUUGGGUAUUCACACACCUAUCAUCUCGGUUCUUGCCCAGUGGUUGAGCCAGUGUAUGGAUUCAACAUGAAUCGGUACUUGGGACUGUGGUACGUCAUCCAGAAGACGUCGACCGCUAGUAAAUGCAUCACUUACAACUACACGCGAGGAGAUGAACCCGGCGAGUACGUGCUCACUCAGGACUCGGAUCACCCAAUUUUAGGACUAACGCCGUUGAAACACGAAUACCAUUACACGGGGGAGCUGACUGUACCGGAACCCAGCACGCCUGCACGCAUGCAAGUCCGAUUCCCACUGAGUGUAGCUGGCAGCGCUUCGCACGUUGUAUUUAUGACCGACUACGAUAAUUAUGCGGCAAUGUUCUCAUGCCAGAAACUUGCUUUCGCCAAUCGUCAAAGUGCCACGAUCCUGUCCCGCCGUCGUGACCUUGACAAAAAUCGCAUCGACGAAAUCCGCCAGCGUCUCAGCAGCUUCGGAGUCGACCCCUACGAUUUGAGCAUAAUAUCGCAGACCGGAUGUCCCAGUGGAAACAAUACCGUCGACAUCAGCGUUGACCCGCAUACAUUUUCCGCUGAAAAUAUUGGCCACGUUGUGAGAAAGGCUGGGGAAAAGAUUGGCGACGGUGUCGAAUGGGUGGCGAGUGCAGGCGGCAAGGUUUACCACAAGUUGACCGGAACAGGCACCGAGGAAUCGUCGACGCGGCCUGAAAACAUCGUGACGUCGAAUACUAGACCGAUACAAGAACCCAAUCUGGAAGCUAACGACGUCGAAUGGAUACCUUAGAUUAUUUGUUGUACCUGCGGAUUCCGAAAUUAUUGUAAAUUCAUUAGAGGCCAUACAUAUUAUAGGUAAAUAGUUAGUUUGCAAAAUAACUAACGAUCAUAAAUGGUAAUUUUAAGAAUUUUAAGUAAUCUCUGCUCAUUUUUUAUA